ACUUCAAUUUUCGUACACCAACAUUCUAUACCCAGAUUCAUUUUGUUCCCUCCAUCCCAGGGCGAGCAACCACUUUUGGCAAAAAAAUUUUUUGUUAUAGCAAGGAACCCGGAAAAAUGUCUGUUAACCCUAAAGCAUUCCCUUUGGCCGACUCUACGUUGACCCAGCAAAUUCUUGACCUGGUGCAACAAGCCUCUCAUUACAAGCAACUUCGUAAAGGUGCUAACGAGGCUACCAAGACCUUGAACCGUGGUAUUAGCGAGUUCAUUGUUAUGGCUGCCGAUACUGAGCCCAUUGAGAUUCUGUUGCACUUGCCUUUGCUGUGUGAAGACAAGAACGUUCCUUACGUCUUCGUCCCUAGCAAGGCCGCCCUUGGUCGUGCUUGUGGUGUCAGUCGUCCAGUUAUUUCUGCUAGUAUCACUACCAACGAGGCUAGUGAUUUGGCUCCUCAAAUUCAAACUAUCAAGUUGGCCAUUGAGAAACUUCUUAUCUAAAGAGGUAAAUAAAUUGGUUUAGGGAACAAAGUUGUAAGAACGUGUAUAGCGUAUUGCAUAUAGCAGUGUAACGAUUGUAAAAUGGUGUGUACGUUCUCUAAAUGAGGUGUCGGGCGAUGCGUUGCUUGCUAUUUUUACACUUCUUACU